AUGGAAACACACAUUUCGUGCCUUUUCCCGGAAAUACUGGCCAUUAUUUUCAGCUACUUGGACGUAAAAGACAAAGGGAGGGUAGCCCAAGUGUGCGCGGCCUGGAGGGACGCGUCCUACCACAAGUCUGUGUGGAGGGGGGUGGAAGCCAAGCUCCAUCUGCGACGAGCCAACCCGUCUCUGUUCCCCAGUCUGCAGGCCAGGGGCAUCAAGAAAAUCCAGAUUCUCAGCCUGAGGCGAAGUCUGAGCUACGUGAUUCAGGGGAUGCCCCACAUCGAGAGCCUCAACCUGUGUGGGUGCUUCAACCUCACGGACAAUGGCCUCGGACAUGCCUUUGUGCAGGACAUCCCGUCCCUCCGAGUGCUGAACCUCAGCCUGUGUAAGCAGAUCACCGACUCCAGCCUGGGCAGGAUCGCCCAGUACCUCAAAAACCUGGAGGUGCUUGAGCUCGGGGGCUGCAGCAACAUCACCAACACGGGCCUGUUGCUGGUGGCCUGGGGCUUGCACGGGCUCAAAAGCCUCAACCUGCGCAGCUGCCGGCACGUGUCCGACGUGGGCAUCGGUCACCUGUCCGGGAUGACCCGCAGCGCGGCGGAGGGCUGCCUGUCCCUGGAGAAACUCACUCUGCAGGACUGCCAGAAGCUGACCGACCUCUCGCUCAAGCACGUCUCCAAGGGCCUGAACAAGCUCAAGGUGCUCAACCUGAGCUUCUGCGGGGGGAUUUCGGACGCGGGAAUGAUCCACCUGUCGCACAUGACCCACCUGUGCAGCCUCAACCUGCGCUCCUGCGACAACAUCAGCGACACGGGCAUCAUGCACCUGGCCAUGGGCUCCCUCCGCCUGUCCGGGCUGGACGUGUCCUUCUGCGACAAGAUCGGGGACCAGAGCCUGGCCUACAUCGCCCAGGGCCUGUAUCAGCUGAAGUCCCUGUCCCUGUGCUCCUGUCACAUCAGCGACGACGGCAUCAACAGAAUGGUGCGCCAGAUGCACGAGCUCAAGACUCUGAACAUCGGCCAGUGCGUGCGCAUCACCGACAAGGGGCUGGAGCUGAUAGCCGACCACCUGACGCAGCUGACCGGCAUCGACCUGUACGGCUGCACCAAGAUCACCAAGAGGGGCCUGGAGCGGAUAACGCAGCUCCCGUGCCUUAAAGUGCUGAACCUGGGACUGUGGCAGAUGACGGAGAGCGAGAGAGUGAGGUGA